AUGAAAGAUGGUACCAUUGCGUCCACUUUCCAGAUGAGAAAACCCAGGGAGGCUGACCUUGCCCAAGGAGUUGGCAUGGGCUGGGAGGGCACCCCUAGAGACUUGCGGGGAGUGGGAGGGGGACCCGUGGGGCGCGCCUUCCUCACCCCGGACGCUUGCAGGAAAAAGCCCGAGGGAGAGAGGGCUAGGCGAGCGGGAGAGAGAGACACGCUGUACCUGCGAGCUGCUGUCGCCCGGGCCCAAUUAGCGUGGGGCGCCCGGCGUUAUUUUUACAUUGUAGGUUUAUUUUUUUGGAAGCGAGUGCCCUCCCGCCGCCUGUCGCGCGCUCCGGCUCUCCGAGGGUCUGGUGCAGGCAGCGGAGGCGGAUCUGUUCUGUCGGCUCAGCCUCCUCCCUUCCUCCCCCUCCUCCUCCCCCCCUGUUGCUGUCAUUUCUCCAGCACAUCAUCUCUCCCACUGAGGGCUGAGCUCCGGGACCUGGGCCUCGGACUCGGGCUCCGAGGGAUCCUGGGUUCGCAGGGGCGAUGCUCCGGCCUCUCUGCAGGUGUCUGUUUCCGCACGUGCAGGCCCCCCAGAGUCUUUGAGGACACGGUGUUGCUGGUGGUGGCUUCUGCUCUGACAUGUGUCUUCUUUCAUCUGAUGGUAAUCCCUGCCCCCAGCUGGAGGGAGGAGGGAGGCCCUGCCUCUCAGGGCUCCCAGGGGGCCUGGGCGGCGCCGGGGUCCCCAGACCCCAGGGAUCCAGGUGGGUCUGUCUGUGUCCUGCAGUCGGCAGUUUCUAACCCAUUUGGAAUGACAGCACAGGACAGCCGUAACGGUAACAGUGUUCAUAGUAGUAAUCACGUUGCACUUUGCCUGCUGGAAUUGACUGAAUCUUCCAAAACCCACUGUGAAGUAGGGAUUGUUGUCAUCCCUCACUUCACAGAUGAGGAAACUGAAGAACAGAGAGGUUAAGUGACUUGCCUGAGGCCACACCGCCAGUGAUAUUAGAACCCAGGCUGUUUGCCCCAGAGCCCACAUCCUUCCGGUUCUCCCACCUCGGCCUCCAGGUCAUCCUGGGUGGGUCACCCGGAGUGCUGUCUCUGCUGGAAUGUGCCCUUUGAGGAAGAUGCUAAUUUAGAGUGAUUCGAGACCUCAAGAGGCUGAAACGCUGAAGAGAUCACGUCAUCUCUUCCAAGAUUGCCGUAAAUCCAAACAGAAACCAUUGUGAUCCGGAAAAUAAAAUUGUGUUUCAUUUAACGACAAAGCAAGCAGCCCAUUUGUGGGAAUUAAAACAGCUUCUUUCUUUUUCUAA